AAACUAUAUACUAUCAUGUCAGGAGUUAAAGGAGGUCAUGGGGGGAAAAGCCAACAAGGACAACUGGGACACCAUGGAGGUGCUGGACAGGAGAGCCAACAAGGUCACCACGGAGGUGAUGGCCAGCAGAGCCAAUCAGGUAACCAUGGAGAUGCUGGUCAGCAGAGCCAACUAGGUCACCAUGAAGAUGCUGGUCAGUGCCAAUCAGGACACCAUGGAGGUGCUGGCCAACAGACCCAACAAGGUCACCAUGGAAGUGCUGGUCAGAGCCAAUCAGGACACCAUGUGGGUGCUGGCCAACAGAAUCACCAUGGAGGAGCUGUCCAACAGAGCCAACAGGGUCACCAUGGAUGUGCUGUCCAACAGAGCCAGCAAGGUCACCAUGGAGGUGCUGGCCAACAGAGUCAUCAAAGUCACCAUGGAGGUGCUGGACAACUGAGCCAACAAGGUCACCAUGGAGGAGCUGGCCAACAGAGUCAUCAAGGUCACCAUGUAGGUACUGGCCAACAUAGCCAACAAGGUCAUGAUGGUGGUGCUGAAACACAAAGCCAACAAGGUCACCAUGGAGGUGCUGGCCAACAGAGUCAUCAAGGUCACCAUGGAAGUGCUGGCCAGCAGACUCAAUCAGGUCACCAAGGAGGUGAUGGCCAACAGAGUCAUCAAGGUCACCAUGGAGGUGCUGGCAAACAGAGCCAACAAGGUCAUGAUGGUGGUGCUGGAAAGCAAAGCCAUCAGAGUCACCAAGGAGGUGCUGGCCAGCAGAGUCAAUCAGGACACCAUGGGGGUUCUGACCAGCAGAGCAUAUCAGGUCAUAGUGGAGAUGCUGGCCAACAGAGCCAAUUAGGACACCAUGUGGGUCUUGGCCAACUGAGCCAGUCAGGUCACCAUGGAGAUGCCGGUCAGCAAAGCCAAUCAGGACACCAUGGAGGUCUUAGCCAGCUGAGUCAAUUAGGUCUACAUGGAGAUGCUGGCCAGCAGAGCCAAACAGGACACCAUGGAGGUCUUGGCCAGCAGAGCCAAUCAGGACACCAUGGAGGGCAAAGCCAAGAAUUCAACCAGACUCACAAUGGAGGUGCCGGCCAGCAGAGCCAACAGGGUCACCAGCAUGGUCAGCAGAGCCAAUCAGGACACCAGGGAGGUCUUAGCCAGCUGAGUCAAUCAGGUCACCAUGGAGAUGCUGACCAGCAGAGCCAAUCAGGACACCAUGGAGGUCUUGGCCAGCAGAGUCAAUCAGGACACCAGGGAGGUCUUAGCCAGCUGAGUCAAACAGGUCACCAUGGAGAUGCUGGCCAGCAGAGCCAAUCAGGACACCAUGGAGGUCUUGGCCAGCAGAGCCAAUCAGGACACCAGGAAGGUCUUGGCCAGCUGAGUCAGUCAGGUCACCAUGGAGAUGCUGGCCAGCAGAGCCAAUCAGGACACCACAGAGGUCUUGGCCAGCAGAGCCAAUCAGGACACCAUGGAGGUCUUGGCCAGCAGAUUCAAUCAGGACACCAGGGAGGUCUUAGCCAGCUGAGUCAAACAGGUCACCAUGGAGAUCCUGGCCAGCAGAGCCAAUCAGGACACCAUGGAGGUCUUGGCCAGCAAAGCCAAUCAGGACACCAGGGAGGUCUUGGCCAGCUGAGUCAAUCAGGUCACCAUGGAGAUGCUGGCCAGCAGAGCCAAUCAGGACACCAUGGAGAUGCUGACCAGCAGAGCCAAUCAGGACACCAUGGAGGUCUUGGCCAGCAGAGUCAAUCAGGACACCAGGGAGGUCUUAGCCAGCUGAGUCAAACAGGUCACCAUGGAGAUGCUGGCCAGCAGAGCCAAUCAGGACACCAUGGAGGUCUUGGCCAGCAGAGCCAAUCAGGACACCAGGAAGGUCUUGGCCAGCUGAGUCAGUCAGGUCACCAUGGAGAUGCUGGCCAGCAGAGCCAAUCAGGACACCACAGAGGUCUUGGCCAGCAGAGCCAAUCAGGACACCAUGGAGGUCUUGGCCAGCAGAUUCAAUCAGGACACCAGGGAGGUCUUAGCCAGCUGAGUCAAACAGGUCACCAUGGAGAUCCUGGCCAGCAGAGCCAAUCAGGACACCAUGGAGGUCUUGGCCAGCAAAGCCAAUCAGGACACCAGGGAGGUCUUGGCCAGCUGAGUCAAUCAGGUCACCAUGGAGAUGCUGGCCAGCAGAGCCAAUCAGGACACCAUGGAGGUCUUGGUCAGCUAAGCCAUCAUGGAGGGCAAAACCAACAAUUCUAUCAGGUUCACCAGCAUGGUGGUAAGUGUGGGGUUAAGUCUGAUGAUGGUGGUUUCAGGAGCAGAUAG